AUGUGCAAGUUCCACUCUAAUCGCGCGUUAUCGCCCUCAAUUGUACGACUUGAAUUCGUGAAAAUGUAUUGGAUACCAAUCGUGCUGGUAGCUGCUGCGGCCUGCGCCCAGGCUCAGCAGACCGCUCUGAGUAGAGUACCAGAUGACCUGGCCGAGUGCUACAGUGAUCCAAAUCUAUUGAACAGAAACAACUUACCACCAGCCACAAUACAAGUCCUAAUCGAUAUAAUACGCCAGAUAGAAGAUAACCCAAAUGUAAACAUGGACUUAAGACAACUGUCGGCAGUACUCCUUCAUACAUACCGCCAAGACGGCAUAGAAUUUCAUAUGAACCAGAACUCGUUUGCCUCAACUAUGGUAUUGCCUUUCUCUCCUACGGGCCACUCUUUCCAUCGUCAUAGACUACUGCUAACACGACUAAUUCCCAGAAACUUUGCGUCUUUGGCCAACGAUACUCUGCCGUCACAAUUGAAGUGCGCAAUCCAUCACAUGCUCUCUACUACUGUGGACAUGAGACUUCGGGGUGACGAAAGCAAUUGCAACCAGUUAUCCCAGUACCGGUCCCUAAGAUCUGGACGCUCGAUCUCUGACGAUGUAGAAAUUAUAAAGCCUAUGAUGAAAACCGAUCCAAGUGGUGCAAUGCAAAACCAUAAUCCUAACGACGAUGUAGAAUACAGCAGCUUUAGCGACACUAUGUCUGAACGGCAGCAGUUGUCUCAAAGCACCUGUCCUUUGUUAGGCGGUGUCGUUAACACUCAAUGGGGAGCGGUGUCAGCUGGUACUGUUAUCGCUGGCAUAGCCGCCGGUGCUUCACCUCAAGUAGUUCCUAUUAUGAACUUAGUGAGAGAUUCCGAUCUAAACUACAAGAAUGUCCCACAAAAUGUGAACAAUCUUUUCCCAGCUACAUUAUCAGGUGACUUAGCAGAAGCCGUACUCAUUCAAGGUACGGAGAGAGGAAACUCCAUUAUUUCAGUCGGAACAGCUGGAAACUGGAACAGUAGUCAAGCCACAAGGUUCUUCAUGUUGCACAAUUAUGUUAACGUCGAAAUGACUGACCCCGAGAUCCGUGGAGGUAUUGAUGGGUUCGUCCUUGGAAGUUUAAUGCCUUCAAUACUAGCAAAUUCUGGAAACCUACCGCUAUCGACUCUUUUGGACAUGUACUAUAGUCCGGUGAACGGUUUGCUGACUGAUCCCAGUAUAAGAGCGUGCAACCGUGGCAAUUUGGCCCAGACUAACAUCCCUAACUUACAGGCGGAAACAUUAGCUUUCGCUGCAGCAUUGGACACUAAUAUGGCCCUUCGUGGAACCAUUAUUUCAGGCCUAGACGCGCUCGUUCAAAGUGCUGUAGCAAAUUUCCAAACCUAUACAGCUAACAAUUUGAACGACAUGAACUGUGUGACAACUUUGACGGUCUCCAGAGAUUUUCGCACUAGGACACGCCUUUAUAUCGCAAUGGACGCGACAUGGCCAUACCAAGCUGUCUACCCAGCUAUAUCGUUCUUACUUGAUGAAAUCGAAGUCAAUAAAUUUGGAUCAAAUGUUACCUUACUUAGCGCUUUCGAUGGGUCAAUUAUUAUAAACACGACUGGCUCAAUUGCCGAGUUUCAUGCCAAUUACACUGCGGCCAGGCACGCAUCAAUCCUCACAGGAGUGAAUCUACUGACAAGUCUUACAAAUAUACGACAACUUAUGCAAGAACAGCUCGACCUUGAAAGAAUCAAUAAUUACGUGGGUGGCGCGUCUACCGUUUUAUUAUACAUGAUUAACAGUGGUAAUUUACAAAACAAUCAAGCCGUUUGGGAGCAAGCAAGGUUGCUUAACGAAACUGUACCUGACUUAAGGAUUCUUUUCGCAACUUCCAGCAAUCAACAAGAGACAAUAUGGAAUUUAGUACGCGAUAUGUCUAACGAUAUCCAUACUGUUUCUCUUAAUACUGGAGGACUUAAUGCCGAUGUAGUCAUGAGGCCUGUACUUGACCGUAUUUUCUCUGCUGGUCGACGAAUUAUAAAUCCUCAGUGCGGUUCAAACUUUGACGGAGGGUCUUCUGGUUCUAGACAUUUCAAUGAUAAUGUAGAACCAGGUUAUAUUAACUUCUAUAGUAUUCAUCCUAACUACUUCUACCUUACGAGUGAGAAUAGGAGAAUACGGAUAAAUCGUAGCGGUGGUGGCCCGGGAACACUUACUGUCUGCCACUCUCGAGUAAUUGAACACCCCAGGCAAAAUAUUACACAAAUAGGAGAGGAUGCAAACGCAGUGACAUGUCAAACAUUGGCCACCACUGGUAACGUAGACAUUAACUUGGAGAAUGCCUGUGACAAUUACUGGACCAUCAACACUUGUCCACCGUUUUACAUUUCCGUUCAAUCAAAUGCUGCUCUUACUGCUGCUAGUGCCGUCGCAUGCACAGAUGCAAAUUGCAGAUUCCCGUACAAUAUACCUUAUCAGGUGCAAAUUGAAGAGUUGGGUUGCUUCAGCGGAGCAAAUUCUGUUACAGCCAGUUUCUUAAUCAUUUUAACCGCCUUAUAUUUCACCCUAAUUAAAAACUAA